CAGUUCCGGAUUUGGUCAUUUUCGGUAAGGAAGUAGUCCGAUCAAAACAAAUGUUAGCUCGGCGUUGAAAUAUUGUACAACUUUCAAUGACUUUCACUCUAUUUGAAUCCUGAACGUUUCACAGUUACCUAUCACCAACCUGAGUAUCUAUGGAGACACCAGAGCCGGGUCCAGCCGAUGGAGAGGAGCACGUGGUGGAGCUUCGCCCUCGGACGCGCUCCAACCCUGAAGGUGCUGAGGACCGUCGCAGCAGCACGGGCAGCCUGGGGGGGAACAGUAACCCCAACAUACCUCAGCCCGCUGUGGGGAGUCGUGUUGAGGGCGAGGGCGAGGCUUCCACCAGCGACAGCCCCCCAAGCUCCACAACCACCACCGUGUCAGCCGCUGUAGCUCAGACAGCAGCUCCUGUUGUAGUUUCAGCAGCAGCCGCAGCGGCUGGGGUCACAGUCCCUCCGUCCACAGCUGCUGUGGCACCCAAAGAGAGGCCGAAGCCCACCCAGCAGCCGCCCACACUGACCACCCCCAUCCCUCCCCCAGCAGAGUACCAGCUCAGAGUCCCCCGUGUCAACUGUCCAGAGAAAGUGAUCAUCUGCUUAGACCUUUCGGAAGAGAUGGCUUUGUCAAAGUUGGAGUCUUUUAAUGGGUCUAAAAUAAAUGCCCUGAACAUAUCCCAGAAGAUGAUAGAGAUGUUUGUCAGAACUAAACACAAGAUUGACAAACGCCAUGAGUUUGCUCUGGUAGUGGUCAAUGAUGACGCUCUGUGGCUGUCGGGCUUCACCUCGGACCCCAGAGAGCUGUGCAGCUGUCUGUACGACCUUGACACCAAUGUGUGCGAGACCUUCAACCUUGAGGAUCUUCUUAAUGUAAUACGUCAGAAGAUCGAGUUGCCGUUGAUGGACAAUGUUCAGACCGUCCCUCCGCCGUACGUGGUGCGGACUGUGCUUAUCUACAGUCGCCAUGCAGGACAGCUGCAGUUCAACCCAUCGGAGGCGGUAAAUAAAAUGCUGCAGUCUCCAUAUUUUUUCUUUGAUGUGGUUUACCUCCACAACGGGGUGGACGAGCAGGGGGAUGAGACCAGCUGGAGGGACAACUACACUUCUUUCUGCAACCUGGACUCAAAGGGAAUGUGCUAUCGCUUCGAGGUUUCCCUGACUGGACCGGCCAUCGAGCUGCACAACUGUAUGGCCAAACUCCUGGCCCACCCUCUACAAAGACCUUUUCAGAGCCACGCUUCUUACAGCCUGCUGGAGGGGGAAGACCCCCAGGACAUUGAGGCAACGGUCUAAAACAGGACACACUAACGCCCUGUUUCUCAUGCACACACUGUAGUUGAUAACAAUUGGGUAUAUUUUCUUUAAGUCCAAUCAUUACUGAGGUAACUCCAUUAGCUGCUGUAGAAAAAUGAUUUGUAAGAAUAUUUGGGAAGCCAGGUGAAUUUCUAGAGAAACAAGAGGGUGUCAGCAGUUACUGUGAACACAAUCAUUGUGUUUCCAUAGACAAAUUAAUGAGUCAUUAAUUGUUUUAAGCUGGCGAAGUAACAACAUCAUCCGGUUGUUAGCUGUUGAAGUGCUAGAGGUCUCCUAGGUGACAGGAUGAAAUACAUGUCAGAGAGUCUAGGAGCAGGACACAAGUAGAAGGACAAAAUACAAAAAAUAAUUUAAAAUGAAGAUGGUUUAAUCAUCAGGCUUUGUUAAACUCCCGCCCUUACCAUUUGUUUUUUCUUUUUAGUCUCAGACCACACUGAUCUGUCUGUAAGUCUUAAAAAGUGAAAUCAGUGCAAGCCUGUGACAGUUCUUCAUAGCUAGACCUUUGGGACGAACUGUAACAUGAUAUACUGUAUCACAGAGGUCACAGCUUCUGUAACAUUGCCUUCCCUUUUUGUUUAUUUACACGUUUUGAAGCUUGUCUUAAUGUAUUUUCUAUUUUAUACAGGGUUGUUUACUUGUUUUUAAUCUUUAGUUGUUUUGUCACUCUUGUAUGUCACAAAGAAAAUGAGUGAAUGUACAGUAAUGUUGAAGCAGCUCCUCUGACAGUUAUCUCUUUAGAUAAUGGACUGAUUAAGAAAAAGGCCCCCCAUACUGCGCGUCUAGCUGCACUUGAGAACACAUUGUACAUACAUUUUUGAAGCCCUUUAUGGAUAUUAAAAGAAGGCAUAGUGAAUCA